AUGGGCGUCAUAGGGAUAUCGCUGAUUGUCGCCUCGGUCGUCUGGGUCCUCGUGCGACCGCCGUCAUGGAUCCCUUCGCCCUUGCAGAUCCUCCUGCGAUGGAGAGGCAGCCCUCCUGCCACUAUCACGGACAGCAAGACCGAUCCCUCGACGGCCGAUGCUGACUCUGGCUCUGGUAUGGGGCCUAGCGCAAGCCCUGGGCCCCGUGUCCUGGUGUCGUUGGAUCACGAGGUGGAACCGGCCCUCCGCACCCGGACUGAUCCGGCCGACAAGCCUGUCGACCGUACCACUCGAGCUUCUUCGUCCGACCCUGACCGCCUCCACCAGCCUCUCGGUCAGGGCCUCGUCGCCAGUUCCUCACAGCAGUCUCAGCCCGCCAAGCACGAUACCGCUUCUAUGCCUCCACCCCCACUGCCAAAGAUCGUCUCGCAACCUCCUCCUCCAACCAUCGCUGAGCCUGAUGAGCAAACCACUCCCAAGGCUACUGCCGUCUCCGAUCCUCCAUCCCUUCCCGUACCCACCUUUUCACUCGACAAUGCUCCCCCGGCGCCUAGCUCCCACCCCGCUCCGCCCCGGAACCCCACCGUUCGCGGCCCCGCCCCCUCCAUCGCCGCUCCGUCCUUGGGCCCGUCCAUGAUGCGACCUCCUCCGCGCCCAGGACGACUUCCUCCCACGCCAUCAUCUGCAACGCCCAUCAACCGCGUCUCUUCCUCAACUUCAUCACCCUCCGGCCGCCUUCCGUCUCUCGCUCAGUUCCCUGCCGCGAACUCGCCCCAACGUGCUCGGGGACCGGCUCCUAAUCGCGGUCCUGCCAGCUCCGGCCUCGCCCCGCCACCAACUCACUCCUCCAAGCCUUCCAAGCCCAGCCGAAAGGUCCUCCUCACACCGGGUCACUCUCCUCUGGACUGGGCUCGCAUCUCUGGCCCCAACUCUGACCUUCGCGGCGUUGACCCAUCAACUCCGUAUCUUCGUGUCACGCCCUCCAUGUUGAAGGUCCGAACCGGCCGUAAAGGCAAGGACGCUUGGAUGGCCCUCAAUGGCAAGGUGUACAACAUUACGCCCUACGCCGACUUCCAUCCUGGUGGUGUCCCGGAGCUGUUGCGCGGUGCUGGCCGUGAUGGUACCAAAUUGUUUGGUGAGAUUCACCCCUGGGUCAACUACGAGACAAUGUUGUCUGCUUGUCUUGUGGGAUUGCUCGUCGAGGAAUCUGAAGGUUCCGAGAGCCAGAUGGAUGGCAUGGAUUAG